ACUCGUUCGAUCUCGCCAUCGCGUCGCCUCCGCUCGCCGAGCCUUCCCCAUCGCCGGCGGCAUCAUCACCACCACGCUACAAGGGGAGAGAGAGAGAGAGAGAGACAGAGGGACAGAGAGAGGGAGACAGAGAGAUGGACGCGGAGCUCCUGGAGCUGCAGCGGCAGCUGGAGGCGGCGCAGAGCGCGCGGUCGAACGUGCGGCUGUCGGAGCGGAACGUCGUGGAGCUCGUGCAGAAGCUGCAGGAGCGCGGAAUCAUCGACUUCGAGCUCCUCCACACCUCCUCCGGCAAGGAGUACAUCACAUCCGACCAUCUGAAGCACGAGAUUAAGAUGGAGCUCAAGAAACGUGGCCGUGCAUCGCUGGUAGAUUUGUCAGAUAUACUGGGGGUGGACCUCUACCAUGUUGAGAGACAGUCACAAAGGGUUGUUGCAGACGAUCCGUCUCUUAUGCUGAUCAAUGGCGAGAUCAUGUCACAGUCUUACUGGGACACUGUGACAGAGGAGAUAAAUGAGAAGUUGCAGGAGCGGAGCCAGAUUGCCUUGGCUGAGAUUGCUGCCCAGUUGCAUAUUGGAUCAGAGCUGGUUGUCAAUAUCCUUGAGCCUCGGCUUGGAACUAUUGUUAAAGGAAGGCUAGAAGGUGGUCAGCUAUACACUCCAGCAUAUGUCUCAAGAAUUACUGCCAUGGUUCGUGGUGCUGCUAGGGGUAUAACGGUUCCGACAAAUUUGCCAUCUGUUUGGAACACCUUGCAGCUGCAGCUCCAAGAAAUGCAUGGUGCUAGUGGAGUUUCUGUGGAAGGUUCAUUCUUCCAGUCUAUCUUCAAUGGCUUACUGAAAGAAGGUGCUGUGCUUGGAUCAGUCCGUGCAGGAGUACAGUGGACACCAGCUGUUUUCGCACAUGCUCAAAAGGAGAGUGUUGAUGCCUUUUUUUCACAGAACUCUUACAUUGGAUAUGAAGUGCUUCAGAAACUUGCAAUUCCUCAGCCUAAACAGUAUUUGGAGGCCAGAUAUCCAGAUGGUAUUGCACUGGAAGCUGUUUUUGUUCAUCCUUCUGUUGUUGAUAUGCUAGAUGCUGCCGUGGGUGAUGCGAUUGAGAAUGGACAAUGGAUUGAUGCUCUUUCUGUCCUUCCAUCGUAUAUCACUGGCCCUGAUGCAACCAAGAUAUUGUCUCUCUGUCCAUCUUUGCAGAAAGCAAUCAAGUCUUCUAAAGCAGUGGUAUUUGGAGAAUCAUGUGUCUUCAGUAAUGCAUUUAUCAAGGGUAUUUUUGACCGACUUGAGAAACAAAUCGACUCAUUUGGUAUUAAACAUAGUGCUGGGCAAGAAAAGCUCUUGAAUCCGACUCCAAGCAGUGAGCAUAGGAUAGGAUCUGGCCAAUUCUCUGACGUAAAAGAUCUUGGUGAUAAUGAUGCCAGCAGUACAGGUGCUUCAUCUGACAGAGGGCCAAAGAAGAAAAGAGGGAAGGUGUCGGGUUCUACCAAAGGUAUUACACUUGAAAAGGAUGAUGAAAAUGAUGAAAGCAUUCCUAUUAAGGGCAAGAAAGCACAUAGGAAAAACAAGGAUGCUGGUUCUUCAGGUGAUGCAAAACAUGGUGGUAAAAAAGCAUCAGAGAAAACAAAAGAGGAGAACACAAACAUCUUUCCAUGUGAACUGAUAGAACAAAAGGUUUUGACUGUUGCUCCAGAGUUAGAAGAGUUGGGAGGUUCAGACGACUUAAAUGGACCACUUAAGUUGCUGGCUUCCCACCUGAGGCCGAUGCUUAUGGACUCAUGGAUGAAGAAAAGGAACACUAUGUUGUCAGAAAAUGCUGAAAGGAGGCGACGCUUGCUUGAUAAUCUGCAAAAACAGCUAGAUGAGGCUGUCCUGGAUAUGCAACUCUAUGAAAAAUCUCUGGAUGUGUUUGAGGAUGAUCCUGCUACCUCUGCAAUCCUACACAAGCAUCUGCUAAGAACUAUGGGUGCUCCUGUAGUUGAUAAAAUUUUGCUUACACUGGAUAAGGACAACAAAUUGAAGAAUGGCAUGGAGGUUGAAGACAGUGAAGAAAAUGUUCAAUUGAGCACUGCUGACCGUACUUCUCUGGCGAAGGAUCUUCCUGGGUCUUUGUCAGUGAAGGCUCAAGCUUUAGUUGAAGCACUGGAGGGAAAGCGAUUCGAUUCAUUUAUGGAUGCUUUAAGAGAUACAGCAGAGGAAAGUGGCUUGUUAUUUAAGAAGCUUGAUAAAAGAUUAGAGAGAUCAAUGCUGCAUUCAUACCGCAAGGACUUGACGGCACAAGUUUCUUCCGAGAAUGAUCCAAUUUCCUUCCUUCCAAAAGUUGUUGCUCUACUUUUUCUUCAGGCAUACAAUAAAGCUCUUCAGGCACCUGGAAGAGCGGUUGGUGCUGUUAUUGCCCUACUGAAGGACAAGAUACCAGCUUCAACACACAAGGUUUUGGCCGAUUAUCACAGCACUACUGUGAAAGUUCUAGCACUACAAGCUGCUGCUACUGAGGAUGAGGAGGAUUGCACAACCGAUCGAAUGCUAGAGAGGAAGGAAGAUCUGGAAGAGAGGCUGAUGCCAGAACUGAAAUCCCUGGUCCUGGGCACAAGCAAAGAUUCCAAAGAAUGAGCAGCAAAGACACUGUGCAUUCUGGUGCUGGCCUGCUAGGCUAUCUGUGUACAUACACAGGGCAGGGUUAUCCUCCUCUCAUCCUCUGCGUUGAUCGUCUUUGCUCUAUCAGGGAGUAACAAAAGAGCUGGGAAGGUGAUCUUCUCUAUAGAAAAGAAAAAGGAGAAAAGAAUCCAUGUUCGUAAUGCUGUGUACACCUUCAUUCCAGAAGUCCAUUUGAACAUCUGAUUGACCUCUGUCUCAUAUACUUCAGUGAAUGCAUUUCAGCAAAUGCUUAGGCUAAUUUUAGUGGCCGACGGCAUCAUUCACUUCACACCUGAAUCUUGA